AAGGUGAACAAACUAAAGCAGGCGAAAAGCACGAGCAUCUCUCGCUAUCAACAGUGAUGGAAAGGCUGAUAAUCUUCUGCGUUCUCGUUGCCAUGGCAGCCGUAGGAGUCCGGGGACAGUGUGUGCCGGCCUACACCGUGGGCUGUCGUUACGGGGGAUCCUCCCUCCCCUCACAGCGAUGCUGCACCAACGUCCCGCUGUACUGUAACAUGGCCAACGUGUGCAUCCCGUGCAAACAAGUGAAUGAGAUCAACUGCGUGAACACGUCAGCCACCUCACAAGCCUGCUGCCCAGGGUCGACUUGUGUGUCGGGUGUUUGUGUCGGUUCAGGGGCAACAGUCGCAACACAGACUGCAACAACAGUGCCAACAACGACAAUAAACCCGUUUUGCGUGCGAGAGAACAACGUGGGCUGCAGGCCGUUUGGACCCGCCACCCCGUCACAGCGGUGCUGCACCAACAAACCUCUGUACUGUAACCUGGCCAACGUGUGCAUCCCGUGCAAACAAUUGAAUGAGAACUGCGUCAACACGAUGGCAACCUCAAAUGCCUGCUGUAAGGAUCUUGUGUGUGUGUCGGGUGUUUGCAGGGCUGCAACGUCAACGCAGCUUACCCCAGGGACAACAAUAACGGGACCAACAUCAACCAUGGGGACAUCUUCGACGGCGGGGACAACAACCAUGGGGACAUCUUCGACGGCGGGGACAACAACCAUGGGGACAUCGACGGUGAGGACGACAUUAACUACGAGGACAACAACAACCAACCCGUUUUGCGUGCCAGAGAACACUGUUGGCUGCAGGGCAUUUGGACCCGCCCCCCCGUCACAGCGGUGCUGCACGAACAAACCUCUGUACUGCAACCUGGCCAACGUGUGCAUCCCGUGCAAACAAGAAAAUGAGAACUGCGUCAACACGAUGGCAACCACAGAUGCCUGCUGUCCGGAACUUGUGUGUGUGUCGGGUGUUUGUGUGCGUUCAACGUCAACGCAACCUACAAUGGGAACAACUGUAUCAACCAUGAGCUCAUCAUUAAGUACGGGGACAGCAGCGUCAACCACGGGGUCAUCGACGUUAAACACGGGGACAGCAGCGUCAACCACGGGGUCAUCGACGUUAAACGGGGACAGCAGCGUCAACCACGGGGUCAUCGACGUUAAACACGGGGACAGCAGCGUCAACCACGGGGUCAUCGACGUUAAACACGGGGACAGCAGCGUCAACCACGGGGUCAUCGACGUUAAACACGGGGACAGCAGCGUCAACCACGGGGUCAUCGACAUCAAACACGGGGACAGCAGCGUCAACCACGGGGUCAUCGACAUCAAACACGGGGACAGCAGCGUCAACCACGGGGUCAUCGACAUCAAACACGGGGACAGAAGCGUCAACCACGGGGUCAUCGACAUCAAACACGGGGACAGCAGCGUCAUCCAUGGGGUCAUCAUCCUCAACCAUCGAGUCAUCGUCAACAACCGAUGGACCAUCAACAUCAAGCAUGGGGUCAUCGACACCCAACACGGAGACAGCAGCGUCAACCAUGGUGUCAUCAUCCUCGACCAUCGAGUUAUCGUCAACAGCCAAUGAUUCAUCAACACCAGCCAUGGGGUCAUCGUCAUCAACCAUGGAAACAACAACAUAAUCCUAGUGGGCAGCAACAUCAGUCAUGGAGAUAACAACACCUCGCAGACGAUACCAACUACGCAGCUACAAUUUUCGGCAUCCUUCACUUAAGUGCCAACUACAACAUCAAAGCCAAGCGGACGACCACUACAAUACCCGAGAUGCCAUACUAGACAAAUUUUCACGGAUAAAAAAAAAAAAGAAGAAAAAAUAGCAUCUUCUACUCGGACUUUUUAAUGAAUGAUUGGAAACUGUUUCAUUUAAUAAAAUUUCACGUACAAUCUGUU